AUGUCAGAAAACCGCUACACUCAUGUUCCUUACCUAACGGGAGUCACCGACUAUGAAUUGCUGAUAAGGACACAAGAAAAUGAGAUGUUUGGAACAGAAGAAGGUAUACAGAAUUUGAAUGAUAACUUUGAUGGCUAUGUUGCUCAUGAGCUUCGAUUUCCAACCAGAGAAGAGCAAUUGAAUGUAUCAGCACAGAUUCGACAGUUUUACUAUGGAGACAGUGAGAUAACACUAGAAUUAAAUGACACAACAGCAACUAUGAUAUCAGAUCUUAUGAUUGUGGAAGCAGUAGACACCACUGUACGAAACAUGAGUAGGGAUUCUUCAGAACCUGUUUACUAUUAUCAGUUUUCCUUCAGUGGACCUCUCAAUGCAUAUCCUGAUUUCCCAGGUGCUUCCCAUGGUGAUGACAGAAGAUACAUGAGUUACUAUACAUCACUAGAAACAGAUUCUGCUGGAUACAGAAUCGCAAUGCAGUUGUUACAACUGUGGACAAAUUUUGUGAAAUAUAGUGAUCCAAUUCCAUAUGACACUGAUGAAUUACUUACAGAAGACUGGAAACAAUAUGAGGCAGACAGCACAAAUUAUCUAGGAAUAGGCUCCACUCUUGAAGCAGGUACAGGGCUCAACAAGGAACGGAUGGAUUUCUGGCACAGUGUGAUGCCAUAAGUUAGUUAGUGAUAUUACAAAAUCUGAUAAGCAACCUGUAUACCUUAAUUUGCAUUGAAAAAUCAUAUCACAAAAACUGUUAAAGAAUAUACCUCAAA